CAAUCACAAUUACGAUCACAAUCACCCUGUUUUUUGACACAUGGCUUCCUCCAUCGAUCGACACCAACAAAAACAAAGAACCCAUCCACACCCUUUAAUCUAAUCGAUUGUCUUUUCUUGAUGAUUGGUUUCAUCUUCUUUCAGAUCUUCCUCGUUCUUACAACCCCACAAGAAAAAGAACCUCUUAUAAAGCUAUGAACCCACAAUUGAGGAAAACAAACUCGAAUGUCUCCGUGACCCUGCAAGAUCAACCAAAGUUGAUUAGUGAGGUGCGAAAGGCAAUUGAGAAGCACAAGUCGAUUGAGAAGAUCAAACAACGUCUUGGAGAUGAGUAUACUCGUUUUUGCUCUGAUGAAUCGAUUUCGAGAUAUCUAAGAGCCCGGAAUUGGAACAUUAAGAAGGCGGAAAAAAUGCUUGAAGCAUCCUUAGUAUGGAGGAUGAACUAUAAACCCGAAGAGAUUCGUUGGGAACAUAUUGCGGCCGAGGCAGAGACGGGGAAAAUCUACCGAUCAAGUUUUAUGGACAAGCAUGGGAGGACCGUACUUGUUAUGAGACCUAGAUGCCAGAACUCGAAGUCAACGCGAGCACAAAUCAAAUAUUUGGUAUAUUGUAUGGAGAACGCCAUAUUGAAUUUGCCACCAGAACAAGAACAAAUGGUUUGGUUGAUCGAUUUUCACGGCUUCAGUAUGUCGAAUAUAUCCAUCAAAUCCACAAAGGAAACCGCUCAUAUCUUGCAAGACCAUUAUCCCGAGAGGCUCGGCCUAGCAAUACUUUACGAUCCGCCCAAAUUCUUCGAACCCUUCUGGAAGGUUGUGAAGCCUUUUCUCGAGCCCAAAACCGCAAACAAAGUGAAGUUUGUAUAUGCAGACGAUGCAAACACAAAGAACGUGAUGGAGAGCUUGUUUUACAUGGACAAACUCGAGUCCGCAUUUGGCGGGAAAAACGAAGCAAAAUUCGACCUCAAGAUAUACGCCGACAGAAUGAAAGAAGAUGAUGCAAAAAGACUUGCUCUCUACAAAGGAGCAAGCAGCUCCGGCACAACAUCGGGUCGGGCCUCCACAGUCUCCUUGGAUUUCAGCAUCGCAAAUACGGACUCGGAUUCAGAUGGCGAGAAGAAAACGCCAACAGAGAUCAACGAGGAGGCGAUAUUGGCGGAGGCUCAAAAGAUUGCAGCAGCUGAUGGUGGCGGAAGAGGUGCCCGGAUUGAGGCUUAGUAACGAAACCGAUUUUGGUUUUGUUUUUCUUGUUUUUUUGAUUCGAAACUUCCGUAUUUCGCUAACCCGACACCAUUGAAGUCUAUUUCUUCAUGAUUUUUUGCUAAUAUUUCGGUUUAAUUUUGUUCUUGGAUCAAAGUUUUGUUUGUUGAGUUAAUGAAGUGUUAAAAGGCUA